AAAAGCCGGGGAGGUGAAAGUCUGGUGCUGCAGUGUUAGGCUUCACACGGGUCCGUAUUUUUUAUACGUUUAUUUCCACGAUGCAUGCAAUAUAGGAGCAAAUGGAAACAUGCCAAAGUCUGUGAAAAAGUCCUGUAGCACUCAGACCUCCAUUAGCAGGUACUUCGGAGGACUGAGCAGCAGCAGCAGCGCCUCCAGCACUCAAUGUGGGAUUAGCCAAAAUCUCUCUGAGCACCAGCUUUCAAGAGGCAAGCAGAAACUUUCCUCUGAUGAAGAUUUUGGAUUGCCACCAAAACGAGCAAAGCUUUCUCCACAAGAUCAGCUGUUGGAGGAUUUGGACUGUGAGGCUGCACCCUGUCAGAGCACCAAAGAGACAAAGUUAACAUCAAGCCGAGGAACAGGCGGCCUCUGCUCCUCUACUCUGGAGAAGCUGAAAGGCUUCACCUGUGUGACCGAUCCCUGUGUCAGGCUCAGUAACUCUCAGAGGGAGGAAAAGAAGACAGAUGGCUCCAGCAGUAAAAUCUGUGUCCAGGGAAGCAGCGUUUGGCCUCAGAGAGACGUUCAAGAUCAACGCAGCAAUACAAACAGACUUCAGCAGACACAGGAGGAGCAUGAAGAUGAAGAGGAGGAGGUUAAAGAAAAGGAGUGUUCAGGGCUUGCUGCUACAACACAGGAGUUACUUUUGUCUCAUUUUGCAAAAACAGGAAGAGGAGGAGGGGCGGGUGGAAAGGGUGCAGAGCCGUCAGACUCUAGCGCCCCCUCCAGACGCUCAAAAAGCAUAUACACUCCCCUGGAACAGCAGGUCAUCCAGCUGAAGCAGCAACAUAAGGAUGCCUUGUUGGCUGUGGAGUGUGGUUACAAGUACAGGUUCUUUGGAGAAGAUGCAGAGAUUGCUGCCAAGGAGCUGAAUAUCAUCUGCCAUCUGGAUCAUAACUUCAUGACCUGCAGCAUCCCCACGCACCGCCUGUUUGUUCAUGUCAGACGGCUGGUGUCCCACGGGCACAAGGUUGGUGUGGUUAAGCAGACGGAGACAUCUGCAAUCAAGGCCUCAGGGGCCAAUAGAAAUGCUCUGUUCACUCGUCAGCUCAGUGCUCUGUACACCAAGUCCACUCUGGUGGGAGAGGAUGUAAACCCGGUCUGCAGACUGGGGGACGUGGAGGAGGGGACCUGUGGCAAUGUGGUGCUGGACCCUCCUGAAAGCUUCCUGCUUUGUAUUAGUGAGAACUGGGAUAAACUGAAGAAGCAGCUCACUGUGGGGCUGGUGGCAGUCCAGCCCAGCACAGGAGACGUGUUACUGGACUGCUUCCCUGAUGGCCAGUCUCGGUCUGAGCUUGAGACUCGUGUCCUAAAGAUCAACCCCGUGGAGAUCCUGGUGCCCUCUGACCUCUCCGAACAAACCCACAGGCUCUUACACAGCAUCACCAAUGCCAGCGCUCAGGCUGAUGACCGGGUGAGACUCGAGAAGAGAGACAGGGCUCAGUUUGAGUUCGCCUCUGCAAUGAACACGGUCACAGAGUUCUACUGCCACGCCCAGGACAAAGGCUCUCGCUCUCUGUCGAGUGUAGCAUCCCUGGAGAGCCCAGUGAUCUGCUGUUUGGGGCCGCUCAUCCAGUACCUCCAAGAAUUCAACCUGGAGAGAGUUCUUAGGAGUGAAAGCUCAUUUCGGCAUCUGUCCUGCGAGUCGGAGGGUAUGAUCCUCAGUGCGGCCACCCUCAGGAACCUGGAAAUCCUCAACAAUCAGACAGAUGGUGGUGUAAAAGGCAGUCUGUUGUGGGUGUUGGACCACUCUCGCACUCCAUUUGGGAGGAGACUGAUGAGAAAGUGGGUGAGCCAGCCAAUCACAGACCCACAGUCCAUCUCAGAGCGGCAGGAUGCUGUGCAGGAGAUCUUGGAGUCGGACUCUCUCACUUUAAAUUCCAUCAGAUCCCUGCUGUCACAUUUGCCCGACCUGGAGAGAGGCAUCUGCAGCAUAUACCACAAAAAGUCUUCCACACAGGAGUUUUACCUCAUUAGUAGCAGUCUCUCUCGCCUGGGGCUGGAACUGCAGGCCUUGCUCCCAGCUAUCCAGUCACAGAUCAGCUCGGUGCUGCUCCAAGGCCUCUUGUUAGACACUCCUGACCUGCUGGCUCCAGCCCACAGCUUUCUCAAGGUGCUCAAUGAAAAGGCGGCCAAGGUGGGGAAUAAGACAGAGCUGUUCUCAGAUCUGUCCGGCUUCCCGGUGCUGCAGGAAAGGAGGGAGCAGAUCCAGUCUGUCCUCAAUGAGAUUCAAGACCACCGCAAAGAAAUCCGACUGACACUGAAGGCCCCCGCACUCGAUUACACGACCGUCUCUGGACAGGAGUUUCUGAUUGAAGUGAAGAACUCACUGUCAUCCACUGUUCCACGUGACUGGGUCAAAAUCAGCAGUACCAAGGCAGUUAGCAGGUAUCACUCUCCUUUCUUGGUGGAGCGCUACAAGAAGCUGCUGCAGCUCCGGGAGCAGCUGCUGCUGGAUUGCCAGAGGGAGUGGACCAAUUUUCUAGAUCAGUUUGGGGAGCACUAUCACACCAUGAAAAGGGCUAUUAGUCACCUAGCAACCAUGGACUGUCUCUUUUCAUUGGCUGAGGUGGCUAAACAAGGGGACUAUUGCAGACCAGAGGUGUAUGAAAAUCAGCGUCAGAUCGUGAUCAGGGACGGCAGACAUCCUGCCAUAGACUUACUGAUGGGAGAGCACAACCAGUAUGUGCCCAAUCACACAGAACUGCAGGGUGAUGGCAGGAGAACUAUGAUAAUCACUGGUCCUAAUAUGGGGGGUAAGAGCUCCUACAUCCGCCAGGUGGCCCUGAUCUGUGUUAUGGCUCAGAUGGGCUCCUACGUCCCGGCCUCUGAGGCACGUCUGGGCAUACUGGAUGGGAUUUACACCAGGAUGGGGGCUUCAGACAACAUCUACAAAGGGCGCAGUACGUUCAUGGAAGAGCUGACUGAAGCCUCCGAGAUCAUUUCCCGCGCGACCGAGCGUUCAUUGGUCAUCCUUGAUGAACUGGGACGGGGCACGAGCACGCAUGAUGGGAUUGCCAUCGCCUAUGCCACUCUGGAGUACUUCAUCAGAGUUGUGAAAGCUCUAACCCUGUUUGUGACCCAUUAUCCUCCUCUGUGUGAGUUGGAGCGGGUGUAUCCUGAACAUGUGUCUAACUACCAUAUGGCUUUUCUACUCAAUGAACCUGACAUCGCUUCUGACACUGAUGACGGAGAAGUUCAGCCAGAGUUCAUCACCUUCCUCUACCAACUAACUGAAGGAGCUGCAGGACGGAGCUAUGGCCUGAACGUUGCCCGAUUGGCUGACAUCCCGGAUUCUAUACUACACACUGCUGCUCGCAAAGCCCGAGAGCUGGAGAACAUGGUCAAUGCCAGGAGGAAGAAUAAGAAACUUCUCUCAGAUCUUUGGAGCAUCUCGGACAGAUCUUCCCUCAUGGAGUGGCUGCAGUCAAAGUCUUAACAUCGCUGCAGCAGUGAUCAACUCAAUCAGAACACGCACAAAGACGAGAGACCCUAGCUAUUAGUGAAUGAGCAUGCUCAAAUAAGAACAUACAUGCUCAUGGAAGUAAAAACUUUUUCCGAGAGGACUUGGCACAGAUGGAGUAGAGUGGUGGUUGCUGCUCUCUGGCUCUGGUUAUCACCAUCACCUGUACUGUAACUUAAAUAUCAGUUAAUACCAACGGAUCAAGAUUUUACCUACUAGACUGUAUGUAGCAUCAGUGUGUUUGGUGGUUGAA